AUGGCGAGUCUGUCAACGACUAGUCGAAGACAAUGGGGCAGUCUCGACCUCUGGACACGUGUGAUUGGCCCGUUCGCCAGCCAAUCAGACACCGGUGCUAGAGCCGAGCCGUUGACGCACCUUCUUUGUUCUUCCACCCUCAAAGCCUCGUCAUUCUCAUCUCUUCAGUCUGCCCUCUUUGUCCUCUUCCCCUGCUCGCGCAUUUCUCCAAUGUCCGCCGAAGUUGCCGAAGUCGAGCCCGAGAACGUGAGGAAAUCGACGGGUGGACUCUCGUACGAUGUGCUCAAGGAUGAGCAUCACGAGACCGUCAACCCUCCCGCCAGGCUUCAGGAGAAGACGCACGAAGAGCCGAAGUCCGAAGACUUGGAGAAAAAGAUGAAAGAGACAGACGAGCGCCGCAAGGCGCUUGAAGAGGAGAAGGUGCACAAGCUGAAAGAGCACCUCGAGCGCGUCGAGCACGUGGUCGAGUCGCACAAGCAGAACGGCUCGACGGUCGAGGAGGCGGAAAAGAAGUCGGAGGAGCCGUGA